AUGUUUGUGGUCGUGGUCAAGACGGAGCAGCGGAUUGGAUCGAGGCCGAAGCAAGACGAGGAGAAGAAGGAGGAGGAGGAGGAGGAGGAGGAGGAGGAGGAGGAGGGCGCACUGAUGGCGACCAGAGAGGGCUGGCAGAAAGGGCUGCGCAACACGCACUGCACCGCACUCACCGACUGCAGCGUUUGCACCGCUUCCAACCGACCCUUUUCUGCCAACGCAGCGUUCGGUUCUGCACCCCUUCCAAAGGUGCAGCAGCAGCAGCAGCAGCAGCCCAGCCUCAAGAAAAAGGCGGUUUAA